GCGCAUGUAACCAAUAGCAACUAGUCGAAACUUAGAGCGGGAUGUGAGCUGUGGUUGAUUUUAACGAAAAAGCAACACGUGAAAAGAUCUGAUUAUAACAUACUUUACGCGGUGUAGUUAAUUGUGAUACGAGUUCUAUGAUGUCGAAUAUGAAAUACAUAUUGGUUACCGGUGGCGUCAUUAGCGGUGUAGGCAAAGGUGUUAUUUCUAGUUCCUUCGGAACUAUUCUCAAAUGUUGCGGCAUCGAAGUGACCUCCAUCAAGAUCGACCCCUACAUCAAUCUCGAUGCAGGCACAUUUUCCCCAUACGAGCACGGUGAGGUUUAUGUGUUAGAUGAUGGGGGUGAAGUUGAUUUGGAUUUGGGGAACUAUGAGAGGUUCCUUGACAUUACUCUGCAUAGAGACAACAACAUCACCACUGGCAAAAUUUAUCAAAUGGUCAUUGAUAGAGAAAGACAUGGGGACUAUUUGGGGAAAACAGUGCAAGUUGUACCACAUAUUACGGAUGCAAUCCAAGAGUGGGUUGAAAGAGUGGCCAAAGUGCCAGUCAGUAAAACAGGUAAAACUCCAGAAGUUUGUAUCAUAGAACUUGGUGGUACUAUUGGUGACAUUGAAAGUAUGGCUUUCGUUGAGGCUUUUAGGCAGUUCCAGUUCAGGGUAAAAAGGGAGAACUUUUGCACAGCUCAUGUGUCUUUAGUGCCACAACCUCGUUCAACUGGAGAGCAGAAGACGAAACCUACACAAGCGUCUGUGCGAGAACUACGCGGUUUGGGAUUAUCACCCGAUAUAAUAGUUUGCCGUUCGGAGAAAGCUAUAGAUCAGAGCGUUCGCAACAAAAUAUCCAAUUUUUGUCACGUUGCACCUGAGCAGGUGAUCUGUAUUCAAGACCUUUCCUCGAUCUACAAAGUACCAAUUUUGAUGGAAUCACAUGGCAUCGUUGAGUACUUGAAUGAACGGCUUCAAUUGGGUAUAAAUCCUAUGCUUCCAGCUAGGAAAUUCAUGAAGCAAUGGAUCGAUCUUUCUGAGAAAAUAGAAAAUCUGAGAAAUGAAGUCGAGAUAGCUAUAGUUGGAAAAUACACCCGUCUAGAAGACUCUUACACCUCCGUUACGAAGGCCGUGCAGCAUGCCGCCAAUGCCGCUGGGUUUUCGGUAAAAAUUAAGUUCAUCGAAGCCUCCAACUUGGAGAACGAGAUGAAGCAGGAAUGUCCUGCUUCCUAUCACGAGGCUUGGCAUGAUUUGGUGAAGACAGAAGGUGUUAUCGUUCCUGGUGGUUUUGGUAAACGCGGCGUUGAGGGUAAAAUAGCUGCAGCAAAUUGGUGUCGUGUGAACAACAAACCGUAUUUGGGAAUCUGUCUAGGAUUUCAAACCGCGGUAAUCGAGUUUGCUCGUAAUGUUUUGAAGCUAGAAGGCGCUAACACCGCGGAGUGCGAAGAAGUUUUGGAGCAUCCUAUUAUUAUAGAUAUGCCGGAACAUAACACCGGCCAAAUGGGUGGUACCAUGAGGCUUGGCAAGAGAUCAACGGUGUUCAAGCAAUCUGCGAGCAGUAGUAAAAUAAUGAGGCUUUACAACAACAGGGAUAUGAUCGAAGAGCGUCACAGACAUAGGUACGAAGUGAACCCAAAGUAUAUCAAAGACUUAGAAGCUGGCGGUUUGGAAUUUGUGGGCGUUGAUGUCGAAGGUACCCGUAUGGAGAUUUUUGAACUGAAGAAGCAUCCGUACUUCGUGGCCACUCAGUUCCAUCCUGAGUACCUUUCGAGACCUAUGACGCCCUCUCCACCCUUCAUGGGUCUUAUUUUGGCCGCCAAAGAUAGGUUAAAACCUUAUUUAAUACGUGGUUGCAAGUUGUCCCCCCGCCAAGAAUAUGACUACGAUGAAAGCGAGGAUGAAGAGGUGUGUGCAUCGAUGGUUCAGCAAUUGAAUUUAGCAAGGGUACCAGAAUCAGAUGGUAGCAGUGCUUACAGCAGUUCAUCCAGUAUGCUGUGAUUAAUUAACAGGAGGACCGUUUUUUUGAGCAGGAGUGUUAAACUUAAUUGGACAGGGAAUCAUUUUUUAUAAAAGUAUAUCUCAUGAGGGUCGAAGAAAUUUUCUUGACUUUUAAAAAAAAUUGCUGCAAUAAUUAGAAUUGAAGAGAAGUGAAAAAUA